AUGCUAUUCCUUUUGCUCUUCUUCAUAAAGAGUUCAUUCACAUCAGAUGAAGAUGACUUAACAUCAGUUUUAUAUGAAAUUCGCCAAUUACGAAAGGAAGUUCAAGAGUUAAAAAAGAUAAUUCAAAAAAGACAAGAAAUAUCUGAUCAUUCAAAUAAAUUACAUCGACAUAAAUCUAAUGAAACGUCAAAUUUCUUUCCUUUUAUGGGAGGUUUUGGUUCAAUAGGUUUUGGCGACUGGUCCUCAAAAGGACGUUCUCAUUCAGAAAUACCAAGAUCUGCUUGA